ACUACAGAUGAGUGAAAUUUAGUGCAAAUUUUAGCAGCCCUUUUUGGUUUUGAAUCCAAUUUCCGACUAAAAGUCCAUGAUUUCUAGUAAUAAGAACGUCGCCAAUGUCCUUGGUGGAAAAACGGCUCGAGCUUGUGAUAGUUGUGUGAAGAAACGAGCUCGGUGGUAUUGUGUUGCUGAUGAUGCAUUUCUUUGCCAAGCGUGUGAUUCUUCUGUUCACUCGGCAAACCCUCUUGCACGCAGACAUGAAAGAGUUCUAUUGAAAACUGCCUCGAUUAAGUCUUCGAGUGUUGGUGGAAGAGGAGGUGCUGUUUCGGAGAAUCCAGUGCCUUCAUGGCACCGAGGCUUCACCAGGAAGGCGAGGACGCCUCGACAUGGGAAGUCAUCAAAACCUGAUCAUCAUCAUCAUCAACUGAUAAGAAACCCCCUUCCUUUUGUCCCGGAAGUUGGUGGCGAUGAGAUAUCUCAAGAGAUCAAUGAAGAAGAACAGCUCCUUUAUCGGGUUCCGAUAUUUGAUCCCUUUGCAGCUGAGCUAUGUACGUCUACUAACUCAAACAACGAAGCAGAAAAAAAGAGCGAGGUUGGUGAUGAUGUAAAACGAAGGGAAUCGAAAGUAACUGUAGGAGGUUAUGGAAAUUUAAACAUGGGAGAUGUGGAUAGUUCCCAUGGGUUUCUUCCAUCUGAUACGGAGCUUGCUGAGUUUGCGGCUGAUGUGGAGAAUUUGCUGGGAAGGGGAUUUCAGAACGAGUCGUUUUCCAUGGAAGAGUUGGGAUUGAUGGAUUACAAAGAGAAAGAUAUUAAGGAGCGUUGCUUGGGGAAUAGUGGGAAAGUGAAGGUUGAAGAGGAAGAGAAAGUGGGUGUUAAUAAUAACGAGUGUAGAGUCGAGAAUGAAAUUAUCGACAUGGAAAGAGAACCUUUUGAGUUGAAUUUCGAUUAUGAUGAAGAUUCUCCUUCUGCAACAUGUACUGGAGAGAAAAAUGAGAAGAUUGUUAAAAAAGAGUUUGCAAUGGAGACAAGUGGAGGAAUCCGCGAAGAAGAAGAUGGUUCAAAGAUGAAGAAGAAGAGAAAGAUAUUAUUGAGCUUGAAUUAUGAAGCUGUGAUUACUGCUUGGGCAAGCCAAGGCUCUCCGUGGACCAGCGGCAGCCGGCCGGAAUUUGACCCUGAUGAAUGUUGGCCUGACUGCAUGGGUGGUUGUGGGUCUGAAAUCCAACACAGUACUUAUGUGGAUAUGGCCGGAUUUGGGACACAUCCGGCCAUGGCAGACGGCGGAAGAGAGGCGAGAGUGUUGAGAUACCGAGAGAAACGUCGAACACGGUUGUUUUCUAAGAAAAUACGGUACGAAGUUCGGAAAUUGAAUGCAGAGAAGAGGCCUAGAAUGAAAGGGAGGUUCGUGAAGAGGGCAUCAUUUGCAGGAGGACCUCAAUCUUUUCCUUUGUUUAAAAAGUAAUUAAUGUUAAAAAAAUUAACAGCUAGGGUUGCCUAGCUGUGAACCCCUUGCUUAGUAUCCAAUAAGAUGAAUGAAAGCUGAGAUGUAUAUAUUAUCAUGCUAA